AUGGGUAACGUCUCUGAACAGUCGGCCAUGGACCAGGUCCUUUCCGGCGUCCUCGCCAUGCAGAAGGAGCUUUCUCGAUUGCAUUUGCGAAUGGACGAGAUGGAAAGCAAAAACGAUGUCAAUGCGUGCCGAAGAAACUCGUUUUACAACAAUUUUACUCCUGGUCAGAUGUCGCCCGCCCUCAAGAGUCCUGCCUUGUUCCCUAGGCUAACCCGUGCGCCGUCAUCGCCUCCCAAGAACAACGGCUCCUCUGAUCUGCUGCACGCUCCCCAUCUCUCGAUGGGCGCCUCUGCCCACACACAGCCCGCUCCCUUGCUUGCUGAAGAACCCAAGCUCGGUCUCUGGGCGGUGGUCCCUGCCGGUGGCGCUGGCACCCGUCUCUGGCCGCUCUCGCGAGAGUCGUACCCCAAGUUCUUGCUCGAUCUCACUGGUUCCGGUAGGACGUUGCUUCAGAGCACCUGGGAUCGUCUGCUGCCUCUGGCUGGUCAGGCACAGAUGAUGAUCGUUACCGGUCAGGCACACGUUGGCGGUGUCUCGGCACAACUUCCCGACCUCGAGCAGGCCAACGUGCUUGCCGAGCCUUCGCCCAAGGAGUCGAUGGCUGCCAUUGGUUUGGCAGCGGCAGUGCUGCUUCAGCGCGACCCAGAAGCCGUUUUGGGUUCAUUUGCGGCUGAUCACAUUAUCUCGGGUCGAGACGCCUUUGAGUCGGCCGUUACCGAGGCCGUUGCUACCGCCAAGGCUGGCUAUCUGGUCACCAUCGGUAUUGCCCCCUCACACCCAUCGACGGGUUUCGGUUACAUCAAGCUCGGCGAGAAGCUCGAUGUUAGUGAGGCACCCAACGCUCGUCGUGUCACUGAGUUCAAGGAGAAGCCCGAUGCACGAACUGCUUCGGCUUACCUUUCGACUGGUGACUACCGAUGGAACGGUGGUAUGUUUGUUGUCAAGGCGCAAGUGUUGCUCGACUUGCUCAAGGGGACUGUGCCUGAAUUGCACGAAGGUUUGACGCGCAUCGCUGCUUCCUGGGAUUCAGACGCUCGUGACACGGUCAUGAGCGAGGUCUGGCCCACUCUGCCCAAGAUUGCCAUUGAUCACGCUGUAGCAGAACCCGCGUCCAAGGUGGGUAAGGUUGCCGUUGUACCGGCUACGUUUGGUUGGGAUGAUGUAGGUGACUUUGCCUCGCUCGCCGAUUUGAUCCCUGCUGAAGAGGGGGAGCCGAGGAUCUUGGGUGAUAGUCGGCUGGUUGUCACGGAAAGCCAGGCUGGUGGUCUGAUCAUCCCUGCCGCCGGUCGACCCAUCGCCUGCUUGGGUGUAGACGAUGUCGUGGUGGUCGACACUCCUGAUGCGCUCCUCAUUACGACCCGAGCACGAUCUCAGGACGUCAAGAAGAUUGUUGGUCGCACAAAGAAGGUUUACCCCGAGCUUUGUUGA